AUGAUACUUUUAUAUCAAUUUUUUGCAAUAGCUUUUGCAAAAAUUUACGUUCACACCCCAGAUUCCUUGAAGGAACAAAUAAAAAACAAAUACAACACAAAUAUAGAGUAUGGACCCUUUUAGCUCUCCAUAGUGCUGAUUUCAGCCUGUCGGAUAAGAUUCGUCAGGCUUGAGAUGACCCCAAUGGAGAUCAGCUUGCACUAUUUAGGUAUAUUAUCCCUUCCUCUCUAGCAAAUUUUGGAAAUCCCCCUUAUGGCUCUUCAAUUAUCAGCCAUCCUUACUGGCCAGAAAAUGAAAAAGAGAAAAAUGGAUGUAAAAGUUUAACCCACCCUAAAUACUCUGACGAGAACCACAAACCAAAUCAUUAUGUUACGAUUCUAAAGAUAGGACAAUGCUCAUACGCGACUAAAGUCCGUAAUGCCCAAAACAUCGGUGCUUCAGCAGUUAUAAUGAUUAAUGACUCACUUCCCCCCCUUUAAAUUGGAACUAAAAAUUUUGUUCCGAUUUAAAGGGAGUUAAUUUUUUUUUUUAAAAAAAAAAAAAAUCAAUAUAAAAUUUUUUAUAAAAAAAAAUUUAUAUAUAAAAAUUUAAAAAAAACAAUUCAAAAACUUAUCGAGUUAGAUUAAUAAAAUUUGUUUAAUAAAAUGCUAUUUACUCUUUAUCCUUUAAAACAAAGCAAGAUAUAACUAAAUUUUCAUUAUUAGUUAAUACGCCACUAUUAAUUGGCAUCAAAAUUAUUUGCACAAAAAUUAUUAUUUUUAUUGAUAAAAAUCAAUGUUUAAAUAAGAUGUUAGUUAUACUCUAUUCUUUAAAAUAAAGCAAGAAAUAAUUAAAUUUUUGAAAUUUUAUAAAGAAUUCCUAUUGAAUUUAUAUCAAAACUAUCCAAAUAAAAAAUAUAGAAAUUUUCCCUUAGAUGGCGCGGUUUGCCCUUGAUUUGCCCACUGAAAAAAAUUUUUGGUUCGACCAGUACCAUAUGGUUUGGUCAAACCAAAAAAUUUUUUAAGUGUGCAAAUCAAGGGCAAACAGUGCCAUCUAUGGGAAAAUUCUAUAUCAUUUUUAUCAAAAAAAAUAAUGAAAAAUUUUUAAAAAAAAAAUUAAUUUUUUUUUUAAAAAUUAGCAAUUAAGGAUAAUAAAUUUAUUUAAAUAAGAUGCUCUUUAUACUUUCUUCUUUAAACAAGAGCAAGAUAUAACUAAAUUUUGAAUUUUAGUUAAGAAGAAACAUUUAACUUAUAUCAAAACUUUUUAGAUAAAAAUUAUAUAUAAUUUUUUUAUUAUAAAAUUAAAUUUUGUUCCAAUUUAAAGGGGGGUUAAUUUACCAAAAAAGUGGAAAUUUUACCUAUAUUUUGUUCCAAUUUAAAGGGGGGGGGAGGGAGUCAGAUGAAGAUAUUUCUCAUAUCCUCAUGAUUGAUGACGGAACUGCUGGCAAUAUUUCUAUACCUUCCUUUCUCAUAAGCAAAUCAGAUGGCGAAAUUCUAUUGAAUUCAAUGACUGAGCUUGACUCUACAGACAUUGUCCUUAUUCUUAAAUUUGAAAUGAAUCAUCCAAGCAAUAAAGUUGAAUGGGAAAUGUGAAUGUCAAGCGAAAGUACAGCCACAAGAGAAUUUUUAGUUGAUUUCUCCCAAUAUGGGAAGAUGUUUGAUUUGGAUUCUGCAAUUAUGACGCCUCAUUAUGUCCUAUGGGUUUGUACAGAUUGCCAAGAUAAAAAUUUUACUGUUGAUCACCCUGAUUGUGUUGGGGGAGGAAGAUAUUGUGCUCCUGACCCAGAUUUUGAAGGACCAAGAAAUGGAAGAGAUAUAGUUUUUGAAGAUCUUACUCCCCCCCCCUCCGUGAGCGAACAAAAAAAUUUUGUUCGCUCACGGAGGGGGGUUAAUUUUUUUUUUUAAAAAAAAAAUAUAUAUAUAAAUUUUAUAAAAAAUAUAUUUUUUUCGAAAUUUAAAAAAAUCCUAAUUUGCAAAAUUUAUGUUUUAAAACGCAAUUUGUUUAAAAUUAAACAGAAUUAGCUCUAGAUUUCAUUAUACUAAUUAUCACUUAUAUAUCAAAAUUUUUUUCCAUUAAAAUUUUUUCUAUUAAAAAAAUUUUUGUUCACUCACGGAGGGUGGGUUUUUGGUCAAAAAAUGGCGAUUUUUCUAAUGGUUUUGUUCGCUCACGGAGGGGGGGGGGGGAGUUAGACAAAUUUGCAUUUAUAACCUUGGUAGAAGAAUUGGGAGAUUAGAUAUAUGAUGGAAUUAUAUAAAAGAGUUUAACAGACUUUGUGAAGAUUUUGAUUUUACAGAGAAAUGUGCAGGAAAAGCAAUGAAAAAAGCAAAAAUAGAUACUGCUGAUAUAAAUUAUUGCAUUCAAAGUAGCUUUGCAAACAGUAACUACGCAUUAGCUGAAAACUCAAUUCUUUUGAAAGAGAAAAAAAGGUUUCUUCAAGCAGGGAUCUCAUUUUAUCCUACAAUAAUAAUAAACAAUCAAACCUUUCGAGGAGAUCUAGAAGCAGAUGAAGUAUUAAACGCAAUUUGUGCUGGCUUCCAAACCCCUCCAUUAGUGUGUCCAUCCCACCAUAAUCCUCAGCACAAUCACAAAUACCACCGAAAAUCCCACGACAAAAUGAGUCUCUCCACAAUUUCCAUAAUCCUUCUCCUUCUCUUUAUAUCAUUAUCAUUACUCUUAUUCUUUUACAAAAGAUGUAUCCGCAGAGAACUCAACAUUGAAAUGAAAUCCCAAGUAAACUCCGUAAUAAGCCAAUAUAUUGCCUUAACCGAAACUAAUUAUAGUAAAGAAUAA